ACUCCUCACAGACCCCUGUUGUUCAGAAGCAGCUUGUCACUGCAAAUCAGCUUAGUGAACCAAUUAAUAAAUUCCUUCAAAACACGUUGAGCUCAUUCUACUAAAGGAAGCCUUUUUUUUAUUUUGUUUUCGUCUUUAAAUUCCCCCUCAUUGGUAAUCCUGAAGGUGUGAUCACACUCUAUAACUAGUUUGUGGUUGUGUUUAUUUUGUUCCACGGAAACAAAGUUAGAAUGUUGAAGUGGAAGAAGAGCCUUUUUUGGAGAACUGCAGUUUUCUUCACAUUUGGUGCACUCUUUGUGUGUGCUAAAUCCCGCCAUGAGGACAGCAAGCAGCCAUCCAGCCAACAAGGACUCCUGCAAACUCUGUAUUCUAUAAAGUCUGGAAAAGAGACGUUCCUGCCCAAGAACAACUCAAUGGAUAUUUUAUCAUUAUUGCUGGAAAAAGUCAAAUGUCCUAGUGACAUACAUGGAAAACAAAAAACCUGCAUUCAGUGUCUUCAACCUGAGGCCCUACUCUUCAUGGCGGGAAGAAAUAAAAGCAGUGACGUAGACGAUGAUGCAAUACAGAAGAUAUCAGUCGUGCUUCUGUUUUAUAUAAUGAACCAAAAGGUCUUCUGUACCUCAAUGAAUAAUCUCACCACAACAGACUAUAAAUUCUAUCGCAACAGUCUUCUGAAAUUACGAAAGGAUGAAGACUGCCACUAUCUUUCCCUAAAUGAAAUAGAUGACAUUCUCUCUGCUUUAAAGCAAUAUUUCCAGCUACUUGAGGAAAUACAGUGUGCGGAUGUGAUUUCCAUGGAGGACACAUUUGCAAUGGUGGGCAGUACUGUGGUUGAUGAAAUAAAGCUUCCCAGGCUGGCUGAAAUUGUUCUUAUGUUAUCCCUUCAGCGUGUCUGUAUAACAAGAAAAGAAUUUCCAAAUGCAGAAUUCUUCACUGAUUUCAUUUUCCAAUCUUUCAACCGAACUAGUGACCUGACUACCACAGAUAUUGCUGAACUUCUUGGGAAACUUAAAGCCACCGGUGAUUGUGGCAAGUCAAGCCAUAGUCACAGAAAAAAAUCAGCAAGUUCUGUGAUACCACAAAAAGACCAAGAACACUUGUCUAAGCCAAAUGAAGAGGAGAGGCAUGACCACAGUGAAGUCUAUGAUGAGGAGUCACACUCAAGCUAUUGGCAUCAGGCUCACUCCUGUUUUUCUGUCUAUGAACUUGUGAAGAUAUUUUUAAAAAACAGUCAUUCUCCUGUUUCCAAAGAGCACUUUAAGCAAAUGAGUCCAGCAAUCAUUCAUCAGCUCCUUACUUGCACGUGCCAAUCAGAAGAUAAUGGAACAACACAGCUUGUUCCUCCCACCACAUUAGAGAAAUAUGGCUACAGCACAAUCUCGGUACUGCUUCUUACAAUCGGGUCCAUGUUUGGUGCCACUCUCAUCAUAUUUAGCUCUUGUGAGGAAAACUACAAACUUAUUUUACAGUUGUUCGUAGGGCUGGCAGUUGGAACGCUCUCAGGGGAUGCACUUCUACAUCUCAUUCCUCAGGUUCUUGGUAUACAUGAGAAUGUUUCCCACAAGCAUCCUAUCCAACAAGAUUACAUGGAAGAUAAUGAAUAUUUAUGGAAAAUAACGGGAAUGAUUGGAGGAAUUCAUGCGUUUUUCCUGAUUAACAAGCUUUUUUUCCUUCUUGUUUCAUCUACUAAGCAGGGUCGCUCAUUAAUGAAUGGGCACUUGACACAUUCUCAUGAUCUACCACUGGAUGCUCAUUUAGGAGAUCAAUCGAGGAAAGCAAAAUCUACCUCUACUAUUCAGUUGAGAAAUCCAGAUGACUGUGAGCAUUCUGAAGUUUCCAUCCCAGAAACUUUACCUGUUAGUCUUAAAGAAAGAAAGAAAAGCAAAGGAAUAAGUUUACUUGCCAUAAUGAUUCUGGUGGGGGACAGCCUUCAUAACUUUGCAGAUGGAAUGGUGAUUGGGUCAGCCUUUUCAUCCUCAACUGAGACCGGGAUUGCCAGUACAAUUGCCAUUCUGUGCCAUGAAAUUCCUCACGAAAUGGGUGACUUUGCUGUGUUAUUGAAUACAGGACUCUCUGCAAAAGUUGCCUUUCUAAUGAAUUUCAUAAGUGCAUUAACCGCCUUUGCAGGUCUUUAUAUAGGCCUCUCUGUUUCAGCCAAUCCUGAUGUUCAGAUAUGGAUAUUUGCUGUCACAGCCGGGAUGUUCUUAUAUCUGUCGCUUGUUGAAAUGCUCCCUGAGAUGAUUCAUGUUCAAACACAACGGCCCUGGCUGAUGUUUUUUCUACAAAACCUAGGACUGCUACUUGGAUGGUUUUGCCUGUUAUUGCUGGCAUUUUAUGAGCAUAAAAUUCAGUUUUAGAGAGAAGACCGGUGGGCUACAGUGUAAAAUUGUGAUCAUAUGUUCUCUGUGUGUUUUAUGUCACAUGUAAGUUCCCUCUUUUUAGGAUUUCAUUCACCAGGACGUGAAAGAAUUGUUUAAAAAUGUUGUACUUAGAAUUUGUGUCUUUUUUUGCAGUUGUUUUGGGUUUGCAUUGAUUCAAAAAGGGGUAUUUGCUCUUAGAUUGAUCUAUGGCCUGCUGAACUUCUAAUUCUCCAUUAUAUGCAUCGUUAUUCCAAAAGCUAAAACCUGAUAAACAAUAAAGCCAUGUCUGUAACUGG